GCGCACUGAACGUAUCGGUCUUGGCAUCGUCGAGCAGUUGAGCCGACCGAGCCAUCUCGUGUGCACUGCUGCCCUUCUCGACCAUGGUUGACACCACGAGCCAUGGCGUCAUGACGUUCUCCAAUAUGUUCACGGCGCCACCUCGCAUCCGGAUCCCGUCCCCGUCUUCUCCAGUAUCGUCGUCGUCGUCGGCUUCUGCUGCGAUGGAAGAAAUCCUUCACAUUAUCACGCAAGCUAUCGACGACGCUCACGCAGCGCUCGCGCGGCACCUCACGCAACCCACGUCCGAAGAAGACGUCGUCGAAGACAUUUGUGCUUUCCGCAUGCAAUUCCAGCAUGCGAACGCAAUCAUGGCGACGGCGAUAGUCCAACGAAGGCUCGGGCACUCCCCGACCAUGAUCGAUCAUGCAUAUGCGCCAUCAAUGGAAUCACACACGAGCGAGUUGGAUACUGCCCUUGUCGAUUUCUACCGAGAUAUGCAAGGGCACUUCAAGCAAGCUGACGAUAUCGAGUCGCGCUUCGAGUGUCUCCCGAGCCGGUCGAGUUGUUGGACCGCUGACAGCACAACCUCGACGCCGGCUGCCACCGCCUCCGAAGUGCGCCAGCCAUGCAGCGCCCGUGCUUGCAUCUCUUAAGUCUAUUUAAGGGCACCCAGCACGUAUUCAUCCCCGGCACCCGCCACGUUAUCUCCUCCACGCGUUGUUCCUGCGCUUGCUGAGGCCGACGAAAAUUUGACGAUGGGACUCAUGCAGCAGUUUCUACGUGAC